GCUCCCGUAUCACAGGAUACUCUCCCCCCCUCCCCACUGCCGCACCAACACGCCAGUCUCGGCGACGCCAAACCCUCGCCCGCUCUCCAGAAACCCCCCUAUGGCCGCCACCGGCGCUGCCGCGCCCGCGCCCGCGGCCGUGCAGCCGCCGCGGCAGUUCAAGCUCGACCCGCAGAGCGAGCUCCGCGUGGAGGUGCUCCCGGACGCGACCCUCCGCGUGCGCCUCGUCUCCGGCACGGCGGAGAUCUUCGGCACCGAGCUCCCGCCCGAGGGCUGGCUCACCAUCCCGCCCCGCUCCAAGAUCGCCAUUUUCACGUGGCACGGCGCGACGGUGGAGCUGGACGGGGUCAGCGAGAGCGAGUACACGUCCGACGAGACGCCGAUGGUGAUUUAUGUCAACACGCAUGCGAUUCUCGAUGCACGGAGGGCGAGGGCGAGGGCAGCGCAGGGAGGCGACUUGGAGGCCUCACAGGGACCUAGAGUGAUUGUUGUGGGGCCAACUGAUUCUGGAAAAAGCACUCUGUGCAAAAUGCUCCUUAGCUGGGCUGCCAAACUGGGAUGGAAGCCUACAUAUGUGGAUUUAGAUAUUGGCCAGGGUUCCAUAACCAUACCUGGAUGUAUUUCUGCUACACCAAUAGAGAAACCCAUAGAUAUAGUUGAUGGGAUUCCUUUGGAGAUGCCGCUUGCAUACUUUUAUGGCCAUCCAAAUCCAAGUAUUAAUCCAGAUGUUUACAAAGCGCUCAUGAGAGAGCUAGCUCAAACAUUAGAGACACAGUUCUCUGGGAAUGCUGAAUCUAGGGCGGCCGGUAUGGUUAUUAACACAAUGGGGUGGGUUGAAGGCCUUGGCUAUGAGUUACUUCUUAAUGCAAUUGACAUCUUCAAGGCUAAUGUAGUGCUGGUAUUGGGACAGGAGAAGCUCUGGAAGAUGUUAAAAGAUGCAGUACAAAGUAAGCCCAAUAUCGAUGUCGUAAAACUUCAUAAAUCUGAGGGUGUUGUCCUAAGGAAUUCAAAAUAUCGUCAAAAGACUAGGAGCUUUCGUAUCAAGGAGUACUUUUAUGGGAUUGCAAACGAUCUGGCACCACAUUCAAAUGUAGUCAACUUUAGUGAUGUUUCUGUUUUCAGAAUUGGUAGUGGACAUCAAGCUCCACGGUCAGCUUUACCAAUUGGUGCAGAGCCUGUGGCAGAUCCCACUCGGCUUGUUGCUGUCAACAUCAGCACUGAUAUGGUCCACACAGUGCUUGCUGUUUCUUAUGCGAAGGAACCUGAUGAAAUAAUUUCGAGCAACGUUGCCGGAUUCAUCCAUGUCACAGAUGUUGACAUCCAAAGGAAGAAGCUGACGUACAUCGCGCCUUGCCCAGGAGACCUGCCAAGCAGGCUGUUAAUCGCGAGCUCCCUGACAUGGUACGAGCAGGCUUGACCCGGUUCGAGGUUGGACAUUGUAGGUAGGUAACCAGAUGGCUGAUGACAUGUUGUAACGCCGAAAUGGAUACUCUGUGCAUUUGAUAACUGGAACACUGCUGGUAAAGCUGAAAAGCUGAAUGGGUUGGACGAUAUCUCAGGCAUCUUGCUGCGAAGCUUUCUGCUGACUUGCUUAUGCUUUCUAUGCUGCUGUGGCGGCGAAGAUACAAAUAGUUAGGUCAAUGAAAGAUUGGUGUGCUCUUUUGUACGCUGUUGGGAACUAAGAUAUACUAGAAGACGAGUCCUUUGGCCUCUUCUCAACUGUAUCCAGAUAUAAACAUCGGAACUAGUUAUUACUA